AUGGCAGGGCCACUGUUGUUGACAGCAUUGGUAAAUUCGGUGGCAUUAUUUCAAACACGCGAUACCCUUAGUGCACGUGGUGAUGAGGAAGGCGAGAGGAAAAGCCAAACGCAGAACAUUGCACUUGUCUUGCUCGGUUUUGAUGGAUGCUCACACCUAUCAGCCUUAGAAACAUCAACAUUAACAAAGAUGACGUUUUCACAAGCGGCAAAUUUGCAUGUAUCAAAAAGCUUCCCGUUCGCUCAGCUGAACUUAAGCAGUGUACCGGCGGAUUAG